AUGAAGCAGAUGAGUUAUUCUUCUCUGCAAGAGACGGAGCUGAUGAACAUAGAGACUGCUCAUCAUCAUGAAGAAGAUAGGAUGAGAGUUCUCUAUGAAGCUUCAUAUAAAGGUUGUGUUUCAACCUUGAAUUCAUUGCUGCAGGAAGACCCCGGAAUACUGCAGAAAAUUAGCUCACAAACUAUCUUCAUGGAAACUCCCCUGCACAUAUCAGCCUCACACGGCCACCUUGAGUUCACAAAAACCCUCAUCUCUCACAAACCAGAACUUGCCCUCGAGAGAAACUCUUUACAAAGCACACCUCUACACUUAGCUUCUGCAGAAGGCCACAUGGACGUUGUGAAGCAAUUGUUGGAAGCUCGUAAGGAGGCGUGCAUGUUUGGUGACCAAGAAGGAAGAAUCCCUCUGCACUAUGCAGUUAUAAGAGGCAGAAAAGAAGUUGCGUUGGAGCUGAUUAAAGCAAAGCCAGACUCUGUCAGCUUACGUGAUGACAACGGGAAAAAUAUUUUCCACUUAUGUGUGAUGUACAAUCAGCUGGAGGUCCUGAAAUAUUUGGUGAUGAAAUUGAAUACUGAUGAAACCGACGAGCUUCUCAUUGAGAGAGACUCGGAUGGCAACAACACCAUUCUCCAUUUGGCUAUCAUGUUGAAGCAAGUGAAGACUGUGAGUUACCUCAUUUCAAUUCCAAAAAUAAAAUCAGAAGCACAGAACUUGAAGAACGACAUGGGUUAUACUGCCCCUGAAAUCGUUCAUGGAAUUCCCAAGGACUCCAAGAGCCUUGAAAUACAAGUCAUAUUGAUUGAGUCAGGAAUCAGAUGUGGAAGGAAAAAAAGGAACGAUGUUGGUAGCAAAGAAGACACAAGUGGGAAGAAGAAGACGUGGUGGAGAAAUGUUUUCAACAGUAUAGACCAAUGGUUUAAGUAUAAUGGCGAUUGGGUAGAAGACAUGAGAGGAAAUCUAAGUCUGGUGGCUACUGUCAUCUCAACCAUAACCUUUCAAGCUGCACUUAACCCUCCAGGAAGCAUCAUCCAACAAGGUAUAAGACCCAGCGAACCAGAAUUUAACCUCACUACCAGUUCAAACACUUCUCGCGAUGAAGGACCCCUCGGCUGCUACUAUGAGCAUCAGGCUAACAAUUUUCUUCGCAGCCGCGGAGCCUGUCCCGGGCAAGCUCUUCUUGCUCAUCGUGAUCCAGGUUACUUUGGGGAAUUCAUAACCUACAAUACCAUCUCUUUUGUGGCGUCUCUGUGUGUUGCCCUCUUGCUUGUAAGUGGAGUGCCUCUCAAACAUAGAUUUGUGUUGUGGCUGCUAUCUAUAAGCAUGGGCGUAGCUCUCACCUGCCUUCUGAACGCUUACUUUGUUGGCGUCGAACUUAUCACCCCAUACUUUGUGCAUACCGGUUCAGGGGUGAUGAUAGCCACUCAAAUUUUUAUUGGGCUCUAUGUACUGGUUGGUAUAUACAUUGUGCUGAAAUUUAUUAUAUGGGUGGUGAAGAGAUUGAAGAAAAAAUUUAAGAAAAAUGAGGAAACUGAAGGGGAAAAUAAAGUUAACUUGGCAUCGGGAAGUCAAGUGACCACGCGGCCAAUUAAGACUUGA